CGCACUAUAUAUAACAUUAUUACAUUCACAAUAAUGAUCCACACAUCGUAACAAAUUCACUGAACACUUAACUUGUGAACUAAGAAUAUGGCUCAAAUCCAGAGGUACGGACCAUACGGUGACAAAGAGGCCGUAGAAAACUUUUCGUUCCAGCUUGAAGGAUCUGAAAGAAUCAAAGAAGUAGUUGUAAGGGCCGGAUUCGUUGUGGAUGCGAUCGGGCUCACCGUCGCAAGCCCCAAUGGGGAUAGCGACACUAACAUGUUUGGUGGCAAUGGCGGACUUGAAUACAAGAUUAAGCUUAAGAUUGGUGAAUACAUAACUGGAAUAAGUGGGAAGACUAAAGAUUCACUCAUAUCCAAACUGAGGAUACAUACGAAUUUGCACCCUCGUGGACACGGUCCGUAUGGAACUAAUGAACUUAACGGUGGUUGCGAAUUCAGAUCUCCAAUGCCAUUAGCUGUAAAUGAUCGUUUUGUUGGAUUAUUUGGAACUGCACAAGACAACCUUGUUGCUGUUGGACUCUAUGUUGAAAAGGGAUGCAGUUGCUCCUACUGAGGUUGGAGACUUGAAUCGAAGUUUGAGGCAAUUGUGGAAGCUGCCAUACAAUAUCAAGCAAUGUGUACUUUCUCUUUCAAGUUUGUGUUGCAUCAAAUAAGCCACAUGUACUAAACUCUAUUUAAGUGGCAUGUCAAGUGAUCAAUGUAUUCGUACAUUUGACAUAAUGUAUUAUUAUUAUCGUCUAUGUUUGACUCUUGUUUGAUCAAUAUAAUAUAAGGAGUUUUCUUA